UAAAUGCACUCCACUUCCCCCUCCCUUUUUACACUUCUCUUGUGUCACACAGGUCACGGAGGGAGUGUGCCAAUAUUUUACUGCAAUAGUGAACUGUUCCCCACAGAGAGAGAGGGCCAUUCUGCCAAAAGGGCUCUGGGGCAGCUGGGCAGACAACUCUCCUUUCUUCAAGGGACAGACAGCUGGAACUGAUUUGCCCAGGCAUGUCGGACAUAGAAUUUGGGCAGAUGUCCAUUAAGGAGUUGGAGCUGGACGGCAAAGGCAGCCCCCCACAGCCCCACUGGUAUGAGCAGUACAUCCAGCCUUGCAUCGGGGAGCUGGUGGGCUCUGCCUUCUUCAUCUUCAUUGGCUGCGCUUCUGUCAUCGAGAACACGGAGGGCACCGGGAGGCUGCAGCCGGCCCUGGCACACGGGCUGGCCUUGGGCCUCAGCAUUGCUGUCUUGGGGAAUAUCAGCGGAGGCCAUUUUAACCCUGCAGUCUCCCUUGGAGCUUGGCUCGUCGGUGGGCUGAACAUGGUGAUGGUCCUUCCCUACUGGGUCUCCCAGCUGUGCGGUGGGCUGAUUGGAGCUGGGCUGGCCAAGGUUAUGACUAUUUCGGACAGGUAUGAUAAUGCCACAGGGGCAGCGUUCACCACCAUCACCUCAGAUGACCAAAUCCCUGCAGCUUUAGUGGGUGAGAUCAUUAUGACCAUGUUCCUGGUCACAACAGUUUGCAUGGGAGCCAUCAACGAGAAAACCAAGAGUCCCCUGGCUCCAUUCUGCAUUGGCUUUACUGUGACAGCGGACAUCCUCGCAGGGGGAGCUGUUUCGGGAGCCUGCAUGAACCCUGCCAGAGCGUUUGGUCCCGCGUUGGUGGCAAACUACUGGGACUACCACUGGCUUUACUGGGUCGGCCCCAUGGUGGCUGGGCUUCUUGUUGGUGCAUUGAUAAGGUUCCUGAUUGGGGACAAGAAAACUCGCCUCUUCCUCAAAUGAGUGCCUUCUCCCCCAGAGCAGACUCCAGCGCUGGGUGGCGUGGCGUCCACAGGCUACCCCAGAGUCCUUCAGCAUCACCACCCAACGCCGCCCAGCAACAUCGCUCCUCCUCUGUCUGACUGACCACCUCUUUCACGGCAGAACUUUUGGGCAGUUCCAUCCACCUGGAGGGAACAGGCAGGCUCCUGGACUCGUCUACUGAACGCUGCUCACCUGACCCCUCUCCCUAGAUUUAUGUGGUCCUCUGCCUCAUUUCAAAAGCCUUCUGCAAGGGAUUAGUUCAGACUCCAGGCAAGAGCAGCCUGCCCCUCCCCGGGCGGCCUGCUAGGUGGGGAAGACAAAGGGGGCAGGGGAGAGAGGGGCAGAGAGAGAGAAGGGGUGGCCUUGUUCGUUCACUUUUAGCUCUGCCCCCACCCCCAGCCUCCUGACGGGCUCCCCAAGGGCAUGUGGCCCUAAGCAGAGGAAAGGGUGCCCACCUCUGGUUAAAAGCCCCCAGAUCCAGCAGUCAGGGCAUCUUCCUGUGUGGUUUGCACACAAUGGUGGCUGGUGCCUGUUGGGAUGGGGGGGGAAUUGGGGUGCCCAACAGUAGGUGGCGCCAGAGCCAAUGAGAGGCGGAGCCGACUAAUUCUGUUUUUGUCCUCCUCCCUCCCUGCUGCGUUCCACCAGGGCGAUGCUGCGGCUCAAGAGUGGGAGGAAGAUGGCAAGCAGGACCACCCCUAGACUGGUUGUAAGUAAGGAGGAGAUGAGCAGGCCAGGCAGGUGGGGGCUGGCUGAGGGCAGACUGAGCUUAGUGGGGCAGUGCCCCCCUGGCCCUAAAGAACCAGCCUCUAGUGCCGGCCGGUGGCACCAUGUCAGCAGGCAGUGGGAUCCACUCCAGGAUUUAGUCUGAAUGUUCAAGAAGCUGUCCAAGGUUCUGAAACCAGUUCCCAAAGUAGGCUCGGCACCUUGGACAGCUCCCUGAAAGUUCACAGUAAAACCCAGAGGAGAUUCCACUGCCCCACUGGCAUGGAGCCGCCAUCCACGGCUGCUCCGUUGUGUGCAUACAAAUCAGGUCCAGCGCUGUGUCCCCUGCUGAUUUCACCACUGCUCGGAGGGAAGUCACAGGGCCAGUCCAAGGCAUUUGAGGGCAAGAGGGGCCUCUCUGCAUUCUGUCUUCAGAAGCUGGAUCUUGACAUCCAUGCUGGCCACAGUGCAGCAUCCUCUAGCCCAGCAGUUCCCAAACUCCCCCCCCCCACGGAACACUUGAAAAUGGCUGAGGAUCUUGGCGGACCACUUUGUGGUUUUCCUUUUUCAUGGGAGCCUGGUUCUCCUCCAUGGGGUGCUUCUGGAGAAUCCCAGGCAGAGAGAGCAGCUGUUGCCCUCAGGUCCUGCCUGGGGGGGGUUCCCAUUGGGGCGUCUGGAUGGCCACUGGGGGAACAGGAGGAGGCUGGACUAGACGGCCCCCUUUGGCCUGACCCAGGAGCUAGGAUCUUCUGACACCUGUGUGUUCUCCAUGUCUCCAGGACAUCGGAGCCCCACGUCAAUGUGAAUCCGGCACCACUCCCUGCAUUGAUAUGGGAUGCCAUCCGCAGGUCAGUUCUCCUCUGGGCAAGCUCCCCUGGCAUGACCCAGGGGGUGCAAGGGAGCCUGUGCAUCGGCUUGUGCAACUCCUGUGCUCAUUCUGCCGGGGCUCACUCAAGAGGGUGCCCCUUAGGGUCAGGAUCCUGCUGCUCCAAACCCAGCACUGGGGCUGCCGUCGGCACUUCUUAAUCGCAUCAGCAGCUUCAGCUUUGCAGUGAGUGCCACCCUUUGCCAACUGGGCAGAGAGAUGGAGAGAGAGAGAGCUCCUCUUUCCCGACCCCCCUUCCCUGCUCCAGGGAUCUGGGCUCUCUACUUCCUUGGAGGCCAGCUGAGGUUUGUGCAGGAGCAGUGUUUUCCUUGUGGCUUCGCUCUCUCCCUGCCUCCCUGUAUACCCUGGGGCAUGUAUGUGAUUGCUAUAACCAUUAUGCAAGGCUGCCUUAUUGCUUUUAUAUGUAUAAGUGCCUUUAGGAGGGUAAGAUCUAAUAGUUAAGCUCAUAAUGUUGAUUCCAUGGUACUGAUCCUUACAGUUUGAAGCAGCCCACAGCUGGGGCUAAUACACUCCCUCCCUCCCUGCCUGCCUCCCUCCCUAGUUGCCAAAAGCUGCUCUGAGCCGGCAGCUGUACUCCUAAUAAGGUGAAUCAAACAGGAGCCCACAGCAAGCAGGCUAUAAAUCAUCCUUGGUGACAGGGCUAAUUGAUUUCUGACUUCUAAAAAAAGAAAAAAGAUAAAAGGACAGACCAGGGCCAAGCAGCCACUGCUUUGCAGGCAAUGGAGAAGUCUGGGUUUGCUGCCACUAUCAAAGGGGCCUGGCUUCUCUUCCUCCCACCCCACCCCACUCCUCAUGGGUCAUUGCUCCAGCCUGCUUUUCUCUGGCUUCCAGCUUCCUCAAAGAGUGGGCUGGAGACCUUCCUCCCCCCCCCCCGGAAACAAGCCAGUUUUCAGCACCACGUGGGGGCAAAGCUUGAUGCCUUGAAAGGAGUGGGGGAUCCCAGGGUUUGCAUUGUCCUGGGAUUGUGCCUUCUUCUGAUUAUGAAGCUCUCAACCUUCAUUCCAACAGUCUGGUGGCUGGCAAUGGCUGCUCCCGGUAGUUGUGUCUAAAAUUCUCCUGUGCCUUGUGCAUCUGUCUGACAGCUAGGGAUCUGACAGGUUCAGCUAUUCCUAGCAAGAAGAUGCAGUGAUAGGAAAGGCAUCAGGAGUGGAAUGUCAAAGGCGCAGGAGAACCUUGCUGCAAGGAUGGCAGUGGAGAACAUCUUAGGUUACUCUCUGGAGAGGAGAGUGGAUGUGGGCAGAGGCACCCUUCUUCAUGAUUAUUUCAUGCAUCCUAAGGCUGUCCUGGCAUUCUGGAGUUGAGGCCCUGAGCAGGGUGCUUGGCUGGUGUCUUUAAAGAAAAAGAGAAAUGUGUGUGCUUAGGCUUAGCCAGCAUCUCCUGACCUCAGCUGUGGGGUAGCUGAUCACAGCUUCUUUGUGGGGAAGAAAAGUCACUUAAAGGCACCCUUUUUAUUUAUAACCUCUUCCCACUUUUCAAGGCAGAGCUCUGGCAUUGUUUCAAAACAGAUUCUGGGACCACGCCCUUGCUUACAUUGGUUUCUAUACUAGUUACCUGCUUUAGAAGCCUAUCUUGUCAUUAAGUGGUUUGUAAAUGAAUAAAUGCAGUCCAUAAAUGUGCAACCUGUCUCUUCCAAACAAACAAAGACUGAGUUCACCUACACAGUUAAGUUUCUUUUAGAAAGUAGGACAAAAGUGUAUGUGUGAGAGAGACUGCAUUUUUAGACUGGAGCAGAACUACUCAGAAAGUGUAUUUUGUGGAUGUGAUCAAAUAAAAGGCCACUUCCAACUCUAUGAUUUUAUGUGCCAGGUAGCAAGAAAUUUGCAUUUUCACCAUAAAAUAAAAGAGAGAGUCUGUAUGAACAUUCACAUGCAUUUACAUCCACAUUUCACCUGAGAUAUAUAUAUCUGUGCAAGGAAUUUUACCCAGUUUAAGCAUUUUUGCAAUUAAUUUUCAUUUCUGCAACAUUAUCACUAGGAUAUGCCUGUUUUGUGCACACUUUUUGUUUUGAGAGCUCCAUCACAAGAUUUGGAGAAGUUUGAAUUCUGAAGGAUAGCUAUGUUUCAGUUCUCUUACUGGUUCGGGAAGCGCAAAUGACAAAGGUUUGCAUUAAAAGGCGAAUAGAACAAAUUCCUGCUCCAUCCUUAACAAAUGUUGGCACGUCUAAGAUCUGCCUAUAAUGACACAAGGGAAGAACUACUGAGUUGCCAUGAGAGGAAAUGACCUUUUAUCAAGCCUAGCUAAUAGACACAAUUGUUUCUUUAAUGACCUUUGACAGCCUUUGAUGGCUGCUGGCAACUAGCUAUGGAAAAUAUCCUGCCAGCCUGGGGUGGUGAGCAGAAACAGUCUGGCAGCUGGAAUGAUGCCAGCCAGAGAAGCAGACAUGCCAGCGGCUUUUGUUUGAUUGUUUUGCAGCUGGUUGGAAAGAAGGAGCCUGGCGUGAGCCUGGGAAUCCCAGAGAAUGCACCUUGGUUUUUUUGUUAAUGGGGGAGGGACUGCUACUUUAAAUAAUAAAGUGUGUGUGCAUGUGUGCUUGCAUGCGUGUGUGUCUUACUUAUUUCCCCACGCCAUUGUCAGCUAAUGGCUCCAUGUCAGUGGGACAGUGGAAUCUGCUCCAGGUUGUAGUCUGAGCUUCAGAACCUUGGACAGCUCUUUGAAAGUUCAGUGUAAACCUCAGGGUGGGUUCCAGUUUGUACAUCUGCAAAUAAACAU